AUGAACAUCAAUUUGUACAGAAGAAGAAGAUUGCGAUCCACGCAGCCUAUCCUGACUAGAGUUCAAAUCAAAGAUCUCGGCCGGAUCAUCGGUCACACGUCAUUUAGGCAAUCUGUUGAGUUUCUCAUGGAUCCAUACAACUACUUCAAAUUAAGCAAAGUGAAGAUGGCCGAAAUCCAUAAUUAUCUGCUGGAAAAAGGAAUCACCAUUGAGAAAUGCCCCAAUUCUCACAUAAGACAAAACGAUCAUUCCAGAGUGUUGAUCUCUAUCUUGUUCCCUGGAUACCCAAUCAUGAAAGCGAGCGAGCACCAUUACCAAGAUUUGAGAGAAAAUCGUUCGCCACAAGCCAGAAUCAUUGAUCUGGCUUACGAUCAAUUACCAACGUCAGAUAAAUACGAGAGACUAGAUGAAUUAUUCAGAUCCGAUGUUGAUUGGUUCAAAUCACCUUGCAAAGACGGUUGCUAUUCGCUCCAUAUACCAUUAAAAAAGUUAAAUAGAUCGAUUGUUGUGGAAGGACAUGCUUCAUCCAAAAUCAAUGUUCGCCUGUUUUUAUAUUUAUGGACAUCAGAGCGAAUGGCAUGGACACCUACUACAGAUAUAAAACUAUGUAUUGACAGCAAGGAAGGAGAUUGCUUGUCCGAUUAUGAUAGAAAAAUCUAUGGUUACGGCUUCAAGCACACGGACAUUACUGAUAAGUCAAACGCAAUUCAGAAAGCAAACAGACGGAGCACAAGCACGCUGUCAUUCACUUUCAAAUUUAACGAUAAACAACCCAGCAUUCGCCAUGUAUCUGUAUGCGCUGUUAUGGAAAAGUCAACAGAUGAGCUGGCGAGUCAACUUUACUUGCAAACCGCGUCUCUCUAUAUUGGACGAGCCAUGGAAAAAUCCAAUAGAAAUAUACCAGUUGCUCAACAAGUUCAGCAGACAGCAGUUAAAAUAUUAAACCAGUAUGAUUUGAACGACAAAUUACAGUUAGAAAAGACCGAAACUCUAUUCUUGUCUUGUGCAAAGGCCUUUAUUACAGAAUGGAAUGAGCACGAAGAUGAAAAGCAGGAUGAUCAAGACGUGGAAAUUUUCACAGGCGAUGAAGUUGUAUCUGUGUUAGAUCCAAUCAGUUUAGCGAGAAUCCAACAUCCUGCUCGAUGUAUAUUUUGCACUCAUAAGACCACGUUUGAUGCGGUGACAUUUUUCAAGUUUCAAGUAACUUCCAUGGUCUGGAAUUGCCCUAUUUGCUCUGUUAGAAUUCGCGGUAUUCAAGACAUGUACAUUGAUUAUCAGACAAAGGAGGCAUUGCGUGAAUACCCUGAAGAAGAAAAGUUUCUAAGAGGAAGCAAUGAUAAAUAUAGUGUGAUUCCCAAUUUAAGCGAAAAUAAGAUUGCUGCUUCGAUUGCCGAGAAACGACCCUUGGAAGAUUAUCAAGUCAUUUCUAUUGACGAUGAUGAAGCUGAUAAAAGCACAAAAAAGGCCAGAAAUGCCUAA